AUGCGAUUCAAGGCAUCAAUACAGAACAUUACGACCUUUACGAAGCUUACGGCAUCGCUCAAUUCGCUCGGUCCGCUUGCAUGGGUGAAGCUCAGCGAGGAGCAGGUAUGCUUUACCAUCAUACCUGAACAAGGCACCCAAGACUCCAUCUUCGAAACCAUCAGCGUCCAAUCCGCCGCCAACAAUGUCAUCAACCUCGAAGUCCCUCUGACAUCCCUCAACCGGGCCCUGAAAUCCGCCUUGAACGCAACAUCAGCACACAUCCGGCUGACUAAAAAGGACAAUGUACCCAUGCUGGCUCUGACCAUUGUCACCACCACGUCCUCCAACACAUACAGUGCCUUCCCCGCCGCAGCUGGAAACAAUCAAGAUGGCUUCGACGCCCCAUUCGACAGCGACUUUGGCACAGGGAACCGCGAGACAAUCGUCACACAGGAGAUACCCGUGCGUGUCCUUGCCCCCGACACCGUCGCGCAUCUGCACGAGCCAGCAUGCAGAGAGCCAGACGUGCACAUUAUCCUGCCUCCGUUGAUGCAGCUGAAAAGCAUAAGCGAUAGAUUUACAAAGCUAGCACUUGCAGACACGAAGGUCAACAGCAGCACGACUACAACGUCCAGCGCAAGAACCCGCUUGGAGAUUGCAGCGAAUAUGCAUGGCUGUUUGAAACUAAGCAUCAGGUCCGAUGCCAUGAGCAUUUCGUCUGUCUGGACCGACCUCAAUAACCCGGAGUUGGACCCGGGACAUGUGGCGGGCGGGGAGGAUGGCAUCGCAGAGCAUCCCAGUACGCGCAUGAAGCAGCUGGGGAGUGCUGAUGGGCGGAGCGAUGAAGGAUGGGCGGUUGUGCGCAUCGAUGGCCGAGACUGGGGCAAGGUGAUGAGUGUGGGUAGGCUGGGUGGUCGUGUCAUUGCAUGUUUCUGCCAUGAGCAUGCAUUGAUUCUGUAUGUUUACCUGCCGAAUGAUAAUGGUGAGGACGAGUCGGUCUUGACGUACUUUAUCAGCUCCUACAGUGCGUAA